GUGCUUUGUGUGUGCCAGCAGAGACAUCGCCUGCCUCCUUCAACCACCUAAUAGUUAUUUUGACGAAUCGGAAGCGUCCACACCUGGUUCUUACCUGCGAGCCCACCACGCGGAGCCUCCUGUCAGCGACCCGUCUGCCGGCUCUGAGAUGAGGACCAGCAAACCGUCAGCGCUCCUCUCUCUUCUCGGUGUCAUGCUGCUCUGGCCAUAUGUUUUUACCAAGAGCGUCUCACCCAGACUUCAGACUACAGACAGCUCCUCUCUCCCUGCAGGACAGGGAGAAGAGCACCCUCAUGUGGUGAGGCGGUCAACACAGAACUGCGACAGCUCCUUCGACAGCUACUGCAUGAACAAUGGCCAUUGCAUGCUUCUGGUGGACAUGUAUGUGUGUGUGUGUGUGUGUGACAGGGGCUUCUACGGCCCCAGGUGUAACAACCCGGAGCUGGUGUUUCAGCCAAUGGGAGAAGGGCAGAUCAUUGUCACCAUUUUCUGUGUGACUCUGCUGAUUGUAGGUCUGGCUGGAGCUCUGUACUUCUGCUGCAAAUGGUAUAAGAAAAAUCCACGGCAGCAAACGCAGCAGGGUUACAAAGGAGUUCAGACAGCUUAGACGCACACCCACUGCGUCCUCCGCUUCUGGAAAACCAGCAAACCAGGACUGCCCCGGUUUCAUAUGAGAAAAUUUCAACAUAUCAUGACGUCACCUGACGAGCUUUCGCUCAGUGGUUGGUUUUACGGAUGUUGCCCAGCUUUGGAUCACUUUAUCAAGCAAGCAGAUCACGCAAAGAGUUUAAAAAUGUUAAAAAAAGAGUCAGCUUUUUUGUUCGGUGCGAUUGUUGUUCCCAGCCGCAACGGUUCUCGUGUUUCAGCACCUGCUGCCCUCAUGUUUGAAAAGAUGAAUGGUGAGACGCACAAAGACAGUUUCUGUGGGUGAUAAGGAGGGUGGGUCAUGGAAAAGUCAUACAAAAAUGUCUAAACAAAUAUUAGGUAAGAAUUUACCAACAUGACUGUCGAACAUUUCGGACCCUCUGGCAAUCAUCCAUGCUUUUAGAUAUUUAGGCAAUCAUGAACUAAAACUUAUUGAGAAUAAAAUCCUAACCUUAGCUGCCUUUUGUCUUCCUACAGCACAUUUCUGCACUCUUUUGUAGUAUUUUAAUUUAUACUUUACACUCCUGACUUGUUUUACUUGUAUUUAUUGUUUCUUUUUGCCUUUUGUAGCUCUGGUGAAUAUUUUUAAAAGCCAUUGUUGUCUUGAAACUCUCCACUGGGUUUAACAUUUCUGUUUUUAAUUGCUUUUUGUCAGAGAAUAUUCUUAUUUUGAUAAUUUAUUAUAAAGUAUUAUUGUAUA